AUGGAAAGUAGCGGACUGCGCGGCCUCAACAGAAGAGCCCUAUCAGAAAGCCUGAAGAGCCACGCUCAGACGGCACAGGAGGCAGUCUCCAGCAUCAUGGGAAUCCGCCAGACACUGCUCUCCGCUGUCCUCUUCGACAUCCCUCCCGUCUGCUGGCCCGCGGUUGCUGGCGUGGCUGAGCGUCCUCGUCCUCAUCGUGAUGCAUACAUCAUCGUGUUGCUUCCGGGGGAGUCGACGAUUGCGAAACAGCAUGACCUGCUGCUUCUCCCCCUGUCCCUGACUGGGGAUCCGAUAGUCAGCGCAGUGGACGUUGAAGGGAAGGUCUUGCAUGUUGGUUGGCAGGCCCAGUAUUACUUCCAAGUACAUGAGACGUGUAAGUUCCGCGUCUCGGGACGUGGGAGGGUCAGCGCCCUAUGUGUGGUGUUUCCUCGGACCUGA